AUGGCACCGCCCGAGCUAGAGGAGCUCAGGAAACAAUUGAAAGAGCUGCCAGAUGCUGGUCAUAUUCGCCCAUCAAAGGCAUCUUUCGGCGCACCAGUAUUGUUCCAGAAGAAGAAUGAUGGAUCGUUACUUGGGUCAGCCAAGUAUUUUACCAAGGUGGAUCUUCGCAAGGGCUACUACCAGGUUGGCAUUGCAGAAGGGGAUGAUCCGAAGACAACAUGUGUGACGAGAUAUGGAGCCUUUGAGUGUGGCUACUUAACAAAGGCCGCACCAUUGAUUGAGUUGCUAAGGAAGAACAAGCCAUGGGUUUGGAUGGAGCAUUGUCAAAGGGCGUUUGAAGACCUCAAGGAAGCUGUAAUAGAGGAGCUAGUCUUGGCAUUACCUGACUUUGCCAAGACAUUUGAGAAGAAGCUCACACCAAAACAGGCUAGGUGGCAGGAUUUUUUGGCCGAAUUUGAUUAUGUGCUAGAGUAUAAGCCGGACAAAGGUAACAUUGUAGCCGAUGCCUUGAGCCGGAAAGCCAAGCUUACUGCAAUCACUUCAACAAGAUGGGACAUUCGUGAGGCUAUAAAAGAAAGCAUACAGCAUGAUCCAGCAGCCAAACAACUUAUCGAGUUAGCCAACCAGGGCAAUACGACACAUUUUUGGGUCGAAGACGGCCUACUGCUUACCACAGGUCGGCAG